AAGUGUCAAAACAGCAAUAAAAGUUUUGGUGGUUUUUGUGUUUUUUCUCAACUCAAACGUAUUUUGUAUAAAAUUUCUAAUAAAUAAAUAAAAUCAAAAACCAUGGAAAAAUCACAGAAAAUGCCCAAAGUAGCAAAGGUAAAAAACAAAGCGCCAGCCGAAGUACAAAUCACCGCAGAACAACUGCUCCGCGAAGCCAAGGAACGUGACUUGGAAAUCCUUCCACCUCCACCAAAGCAGAAAAUCUCCGAUCCAGCUGAAUUAGCUGAUUAUCAACAACGAAAACGAAAAGGCUUCGAAGAUGCUCUCCGCAAAAAUCGCAUGGUUGUCAGUCACUGGAUUAAAUACGCACAAUGGGAGGAAUCACAGAAAGAAAUCCAAAGAGCUCGUUCGAUCUGGGAACGUGCUCUUGACAAUGACCACCGUAACAUCACCAUAUGGCUUAAAUACGCCGAAAUGGAAAUGAAGAACAAACAAGUCAACCAUGCAAGAAAUUUAUGGGAUCGUGCUGUCGUCAUUAUGCCAAGGGUCAAUCAGUUUUGGUACAAGUACACGUAUAUGGAAGAAAUGUUAGAAAAUGUAGCUGGAGCACGUGCAGUCUUCGAACGUUGGAUGGAAUGGCAGCCAGAAGAGCAGGCCUGGCAAACUUAUGUUAACUUUGAAUUGCGCUACAAAGAAAUCGAUAGAGCUCGAACUAUUUACGAACGAUUCGUCUAUGUCCACCCUGAUGUGAAGAACUGGAUUAAGUUUGCUCGGUUCGAAGAGAACCACGGAUACAUUCGAGGUGCACGUUCUGUAUACGAACGUGGAGUAGAGUUCUUUGGUGACGAGUACAUUGACGAGAAGCUUUUCAUUGCUUUCGCCAAGUUCGAAGAGAAUCAAAAGGAGCACGAUAGAGCAAGGGUAAUCUAUAAGUACGCUCUAGACCAUUUGCCGAAAGAACGCACUAAAGAGCUUUACAAGGCGUAUACAAUUCAUGAGAAGAAAUACGGUGACCGAGCAGGCAUCGAGGAUGUCAUUGUUUCGAAAAGAAAGUUUCAAUACGAACAAGAAGUGGCGGAAAACCCUCAAAACUACGAUGCAUGGUUCGAUUACUUGCGACUGAUUGAAGGCGAGGGUGACUUUGCAAAUAUUCGAGAGACUUAUGAACGUGCGAUAGCCAAUGUGCCGCCGGGAAAGGAAAAGAACUUAUGGAGACGAUACAUCUAUCUUUGGAUAAAUUAUGCUUUGUUUGAGGAACUGGAAGCUGAUGAUGAGACACGGACUCGACAAAUUUAUCGAACGUGUUUGGAAUUGAUUCCGCACAAGAUCUUCACCUUUAGCAAGGUGUGGUUGCUAUAUGCACAGUUUGAAAUUCGGUGCAAGCAAUUGCAGCAAGCCCGAAAAACUUUGGGUAUGUCGAUUGGAAUGUGCCCUCGAGACAAACUCUUUCGGGGAUAUAUUGAGUUGGAAAUUCAAUUGCGUGAAUUCGAUCGAUGUCGGAUUUUGUACGAGAAAUUCCUUGAAUUCGGUCCAGAGAACUGUGUGACUUGGAUGAAAUUUGCCGAACUGGAGAAUCUUCUUGGUGAUACAGACAGGGCUAGGGGUAUAUUUGAAUUAGCGGUGCAACAGCCAAGGUUGGAUAUGCCAGAAUUACUUUGGAAGGCAUAUAUUGAUUUUGAAGUGGCUCAGGGAGAGACAGAACUUGCAAGGCAGUUAUAUGAACGACUUUUGGAGCGAACGCAUCAUGUCAAAGUGUGGAUGUCGUAUGCAAAGUUUGAACUGUCGUCGAAUGAGGGCAGUGAGGACGGCGAUGAGGAUAUGAAUGUGAGACUUGCCAGGCGAGUUUAUGAGCGAGCAAACGACACCUUACGACAAACAGGUGAUAAGGAGUCAAGAGUUCUAUUGUUGGAAGCAUGGCGUGACUUUGAAAAAGAAAGCGGUAAUGUAGAGACUUUGGAUAAGGUGAUGGAGAAGAUGCCACGAAGAGUUAAGAAGCGCCAGAAGAUUGUUUCGGAUACAGGUGCCGAGGAAGGCUGGGAAGAGAUUUUCGAUUAUAUCUUCCCCGAAGAUGAAAUGUCCAGACCGAAUCUUAAACUUUUGGCAGCAGCGAAAAUGUGGAAAAAGCAAAAAGAAGUUCUUCCAGAGGUGCCAGCGAAUGAAGAACAAACUGAAAAAAAUGAUAACACAGGUGCAAAUGCAGAUGAAGAUGAAAAAAGUGACGAUGAGAGUGUGUCAUCAGUCAGCGAUAGUGAAGAUGAAGAAAUGCGAGAUAUUUUGGAGGAAAAUAAAGGUGAAUAAAACAAUAUAUAUUUUUUUUUAACUUUUCUUUCAAUAAAAAACCAAUAAA